AUGGGUCUCUUUUCAAGCUUUGUCGACAAGUUCUGCGAGCGUUGCUCGGAUCAGUCCAUCUACACCCUGGCUGCCGUCGGUACUUUGUCCUUUAUCGCUCUAGCAGUUGUCAUCAACGUCUUGCGCCAGCUGCUCUUCAAGAGCCCCCACGAACCUCCUUUGGUUUUCCACUGGUUCCCCUUUGUCGGAAGUACUAUUAGUUACGGUAUUGACCCGUAUAACUUUUUCUUCAAGUGCCGCGAAAAGUACGGCGAUAUCUUCACCUUCGUUCUUCUGGGUAAGAAGACUACCGUCUACCUCGGCACAAAGGGAAAUGACUUCAUCCUCAAUGGCAAGCUUCGCGAUGUUUGCGCUGAGGAGGUUUACUCGCCACUGACAACCCCUGUCUUCGGCCGCCAUGUGGUCUACGACUGCCCUAACUCCAAGCUCAUGGAGCAAAAGAAGUUCGUGAAAUUCGGCCUCACUUCGGAAGCACUCCGCUCCUACGUUCACCUGAUCACCGAUGAGGUCGACGACUUCACGAAGAACUCCCCAAUCUUCCAAGACAACAAGGGUACCUUCGAUGUCUCUAAGACCGUUGCUGAGAUUACUAUCUAUACCGCCUCGCGCUCCCUCCAAGGAAAGGAGGUGCGCUCCCGCUUCGACUCGACUUUCGCUGAGAUGUACCACGACUUGGAGGGGCGCAAACUGACUGAGACCUACACUGAUAUCAUCCGCAAGCGUCGUGAGACUGGCGGUGAGAAGGACUCCGAGGAUAUGGUUUGGAACUUGAUGUCUUGCGUGUACAAGAACGGUACACCCAUCCCCGAGGAAGAAAUCGCGCACAUGAUGAUUGCCCUCUUGAUGGCUGGCCAGCACUCUUCGUCUUCAACCAUGGCCUGGAUUGUUCUGCGUAUGGCUACUUGCCCUGAGAUCAUGGAUGAGCUAUACGAGGAGCAGGUCCGUGUCUUGGGCAAAGAUCUCCCUCCUCUCACCUACGAGGGUCUGCAGAAGUUGGAUCUCCACGCCAAGGUUAUCAAGGAGACCCUCCGUAUCCAUGCCCCCAUCCACUCUAUCAUCCGUGCCGUCAAGAACCCCAUGCCCGUGGACGGAACGCCAUAUGUCAUUCCUACCACUCACAACGUUCUCUCUUCCCCCGGUGUCACUGCUCGCUCCCCUGAGUUCUUCCCCGAGCCUCUCAAGUGGAAUCCUCACCGCUGGGACGAGGAUAUCACCCCCAAGGAGGAGGAGGACGAGGAGAAGAUUGACUACGGUUAUGGUAUGGUCAGCAAGGGAGCCAACAGUCCCUACCUGCCAUUCGGUGCCGGCCGUCACCGUUGCAUUGGCGAACAAUUUGCCUACGUGCAGCUGGGUACGAUCCUGGCCGCGCUAGUGCGCAAAUUCAAGUUCACCAACCCUCCUGGUCGCACAGACAUCCCUGACACAGAUUACUCGUCCCUUUUCUCGAAGCCAUUGGGCAAGUCGUUUGUGCAAUAUGAAAAGCGCGGUACCAAGGAAUAA